CAUAACUGAUAAUAUUGGAACAUUCCCAACUGAGUGUAGAAAUAAAACCAGCUGACAUAUUCCACGUACGUCCCAAUCUACAAUCGUGAUUUCUGCCUGUAACGUGGCAGACUGUUCGUUAGUCCACUAAAGAUGACAAUGUUGGUGUUGGCUCUUAUCCUCCUCGCUGCUGGGGCGCACGCAGACAUCACACACGCGUCUGUUCACGCAGGGAGUUGCGUGUGUGUGCACGGCGCCGGCGUACACGCUCGAAACCAACCUGGAGUAACCGGGACUCAUGUUCGGGCCACACUGAACAGCGGUUCGUGCUUUACCCUAACCGGAGGCGUGAUCACUAAAGACGGCUACAAGUGGUUUGAAGUGAACUACAGCGGGCAGCACCUGUGGAUCGCAGGCAACUUCCUCGUUGUCGGAUCUUCCUCAUCCUGUUCUGGAGGCAGUAGCCUGCACACCGGGGGCGGCGCCUGCCACGACGCCCAGAGUCAGCAGUGGGCGUGCGACCUCCUCAAGUGGGAACAGGCUGGCCGCAUCUUCAUCGCCAACCGACACCCGUCCGGACACCACGACAGCGCCUAUCCCAUUCAGAACAUCAAAGACGCGUGUGCCGGGCGAGCGGCCGCCCGGUCUAGCUACUCGUGCGUCUACAAGGGCAGGACGUGUUCCGCACCUGGGGGUCAUGUGUGUCUGGAUCACACCCUGUUACAUUAUCUGCACACCCUCGCCUCCACUGGACUGAUUCGUAUAAAUGAGCUUUCCGGGGCAUGCCACUCGUGUAACUCACGUCACUACCGGGGCGUGGCCGUGGAUCUCCAUAACGACGGUCGGACGAGUGUGCUGAUUUCCAAAUGCAGGAGUAUGGGCGGACACGGCUGGGAUGAGGGCAACCACGUGCACUGCCAGUUUGGUUAUUAAUACUGUUAUUAUUGAUACUGGUGUUACUUACUUCUCUGGUUCCACAAUAAACAACUAUCACACAGAA